AUGAGGAAACUCCAAGUGUUUAUCGGCUGGUUUCAAGCAUUAAAUGGAAUUACCGAAUAUUAUCCCGAUGCCCAAACAGGAAGUUUGAAGAGAUCGAAGUAUAUGAAGUUUUACAUUAUUUUUCACAACCUGCUGACGUUGUCUGGAACAUCUUUGCUUUUCAAUGAUCUACUUGCAAAGAGAUCAUCUGCAGUAUACGCAGUACAUUCACAUUGGAUAACAUAUGCAGCAAUGUUCUAUACAAUUGUUAAGAUCUUAGUUAUAUUUCUAACACUUCACAGUGUCUUGGUUAUCAAUUUAAUUUGCUUGCAACUAAGUUGCCAGAGCACAGAGAUUCACGUUUUUGGCGUGUUUACUCUCAACAAACGCUUAUGGUUCGUUGUCAUAACAGAGGUUCUCUUGAACAUAAUUUACAUGGUCCAAAACGAUUAUCAUUUUUUCAUGUAA